AUGCUACCGUACCUCUUCUCUGACCUUGCUGCCUUUCCCACAGUUGUCACCCGGCUCCCUGACUCUCUCCGCGUAGUCAAGGACCACUUCCUCUCAGUUUGCCCCACCACUCUCACCGUUGACCUCCUCGAGAAGGCCCUCCUAGCGAUAGAGAAAAGCAUAGUCGCUGUAGGAGCCUCUCGUGGUGACCCUCGCACCCCCGUCUUUGAGGAGUGUUCUCCCUCCCCCCUCUUGCCCUGUGUUGCCUCUGCUGCUGCGUUCGACCUUGUUGGCUUCGAGUCGGUCCGCGCUGCGUCUGCCUCGAGCGGGAGACGCCACACCAGCAAGGGCAAGGGGGUAAAGGGCGCUGGAGGGGCUGGCGGGGGCGAUGGAGGUGGUGGUGGAGGCAGUGGAGAGAGUGGGGGUGCUGGUGGGAGUGGUGCCGCGGGUGGCGGCGGCGGUGGCAGCAGUGGAGGCGGCGGAGGCGGUGGUGGUGGCGGAGGGAGCGGAGGCGGCGGAGGUGGCGGAGGAGGCGGAGGUGGCGGAGGAGGCGGAGGUGGAGGAGGCGGCGGCGACGGCGGCGAUAGUGGAGCGGGUCGCGAGUCUGUGCAGAACAGUGGCUCCGGUGGUGGUCCACGCUAG